AUGGAAACUAACGCGACACUGAUAGAGUGCCGGCGCAGCGACACCGGGCAGCAUGUCUUUUCUUUUCUUAUCAUGGGCGCACCGAGCCCCAGUAGUCUUCCCAGUUAUCUAGCCUUCCUGCAAAAACAUCAGGUGAACCAUUUCGUGCGAGCGUGCGGUCCAACCUAUAACUCCCAGCUGGUCGAGAAAAGCGGUAUUCAGGUCCAUAGCCUGGGCUUCGAUGACGGUGCCUUCCCUACGCAGGCGGUGGUGAACAAGUGGCUCGACUUGCUCUCACAAGAAGCAGGCAAAAACCCACCCCAGACGAUAGCCGUUCAUUGCGUUGCUGGCCUCGGUCGCGCCUGCAUUCUCGUGGCGCUGGCGUUGGUGGAGUACGCGAAUAUGGCCCCACUGGAUGCGAUUGGCUACAUCCGGGAGCGGCGAAAAGGUGCAAUUAACCAAGUUCAGCUGCAAUGGUUGAUGAGACACAAACCGCGUAAUCAAAGGUCGGAGGGUUCCUUAGCAUGCUCCAUUUGCAUGGUCAUGUAA